GGAAAUCUCUAAGGGUCGACCUAGAGGUUGUGGUUACAUAGAUAGCAACGUGGCUAACUACUGCUAUGGAAUAUUUGUAACAGACUUUCGUUCGAUAAAUUCCAAAGUUCAAGCAAAUAUGGAACAGCCGUCUGAGGCAGCAAACCUCACCGUUAACGAAAAUUUUAACACUUAUAUGACCAACAACGAACAAAAACAUGAAAAUAACAGUAUCCAACCCAAGGAUAUUCAUAUAUCAAGUACUUCAGUAUCUGUACAUCAUCGUCGCAAGCGGUCGCAUAUAUCAUCAUUGUCGGGGCCUGUGCAUGCAGUUAAUCAUAUAGAAGCACCUACAUAUGGAGAAUAUGGGUUUCCAUCGUUAAAAGAUCAUGUUGACAUUGUAGAGUCAGCAGAUGAGGAAAAUGUACUUCUUAGUUGCAAUCCUGAACAAUUUUUACGUAGUGACUCAACUCUUGGCGAAAAAUCCGUAGAUUCUCUAAAGCUUGCUAAACUUGAUCCAGAAUUUCGUGAAUUGAUCUCACGUUAUGUCUGCUCAGAAUAUGUAGUUCAUUGUCUCGAACUGGCAGGCUUUUGUACACCGUAUGUUGUCGCCCGACUAGAUGAUCAUCAGUUACAGAGGCUCGAGACGUUUGUUGGACAUGCUUGUUCGAUUAUGAAGUCAAUUACCUUACGGGAGCAUUUCGUAGGGCCCAUUUUUGCUAAUGAUCCAUUAAAAUUUAAACUACCUUCAGGUGCUGCUUGUGGAAUUCUUUUGGCUGCACACGAAAUUCGUCGGAGGUAUCGUCGAUCUCAAUUAUCAAUAGAGGGUAGAAAUUCUAUUGAUGAGGAUAUCAUAAUUGUCCCAGACUCAUGUGAUCAGAGUUUCAGUGAUAUAGGUUGUCAAACAGAUUCUUCAUUGUCUCACUUAAUAUCUUCAGCAUCUUCACUGCCUGUUACUUUGGCUGACCCAUUACCAAGCAACUUUAUGGAAAAUUCGGAUUCAACAUCUCCAACAUCGGUGGUAAAUUUGACGUCGAAAACCUACUUUCCAGACUCCCCGAAUCCUUUACGUAGGUCAGAACCAACGGUUCCACCUUCUGAUGGACCAGCAGUGAUCAUGGCUGCUGCUCUCCAAGCUGCCGCAGCUGCUGUGAGUGGAAAUGGACACAAUAAUAUCACAUUGUUUUCUAGUGCUUUACCCGAUGAAAACAGCUUAACCACACUCUCUGGUUUAAGUAGCUGUAACUCUGGUGAUAAUAAUCCUGUCCUUCACCCAGGACCUAGCAUCUCGCCUGUUUCAUCACGUAAUACGACUCCAGUGUCAAACAUGCCUCCUGUCACCAUCACAUCAAAUGCUAUACCAUCUCAUCCUAACUUUGUGAUCAGUUCCUCUCCAGUCGGAUACGGAAAUGGCUUAUUUGAGAACGAAAGAGUUAAUCUGGAGCGAUUGAAACAACAUUCUUCAGCUAGUGCAAUCAGGUUAGCAUCACGACAGUUUGUUAACGCUUACCUAAUGCGUGGUCGAGAUUUCGAUAUGGAAAUGGAAUUAUCGGUGACACCUGAGGGUUUUAAACGUGUUACUGGCAUAUUUUAUUGUCAUCUCUGCAGAGAAAAACGUGAGCGCACAUCAGCCGUACGUUUUUCCAUAGCCCGCAACAGGUAUCCAGUUUUGAGUAAUGUAUUAUCGCACUUAAAAACACAUUUUCAUUAUCGGGGUCAAACGUUAUCAGGAUUACAGGCUACGGUCACCCAACAAACCCAGAAUGUACUUAAGCCGGCUAAUGCGCUAAAUGAAUCUUUUAUUGGAGAAGGUUUAGGUCAGUCUCCAGGACCGUUCAAUAGUUCGAGCUGUCGCACUGAUUUUACGGUAGAACAUACAACUAAUUCAUCUAAUACAUCGCUUCUGCCCACAUCUAUUUCUCCUAAGAAAUUUCAGUUACAAAUGAAACCUGAACCAGGAAACUACGCAUAUAAUAUUGAAGCUGAGGGCAUUGAAGACUCUAGUUCUGUGCAUCAGAUUUUCGACAGUUUAUCUCUGUCAAAUAGAUUAAACUCACAAAAUACCAAGGGUUCGUCUCCCACUCGAGGUUUAGAACUCAAAGUCAUUAUCCCAUCGCGACCAAAUACAGAUAGCCAGUGUAAUACGAUAACUUCGUGAUGUACAUCUCAUAACUUUCCCCCACAAACAUGAUUCUCAUGUUAUGAAUACUGACAUCCUUAUCCCAAAUAUUUUUUUCAAGCAUUAACACAUCGAACAUGUACGCAAUGUUUAUUUAGCAUUUCUAUCCAUUCCAUAGAGGAAAUUGUGUGUAAAUACCAAUAGUUUAUUAUCAUCGAUAUCCAGAUAAUAGUGUGUAUAUUUGUAUAUAAAUCCUUUUAUUGAGUACUCAAUCUUCCUUUGUUUUUAUAGUUUAGAAGUAUUUUUCAUCUUAGAAUAAAAUCAACAGACGAACAAUUUGAAAUCCCAAAACGGAAGAAAUACAGGACUCAUCAGAAGUGCACGGUGAUGACCUUAUACGGGAUCGAAAUCCUGAGGUCCCAGACACUGCAACACAAUGUUCAAUUACUGAGGAUUAGUAAAUCUCUUCUCAUUUAGUUAUAGUCAUUUACCGGUAAGAGCGUUACACUAGAGUAAAUGCAGUGGUUCCGAAUGCUCAGAAUGUCUGAACUACCUCAAAACCCACAAAGAGUGAAACUACAGCGAACUAACAGUCUUGAAAAUGACUUUGCGAACACAAAGUGCGAACUACAUACCACAUCAGCAGAAACUGAUUAUCAUCAGAUCAAACGACAUUCAAAUAUAUGAUAGAACAUUCGGUUCAGCACCAUUUCGUUCACAUGAUUGUUUCUUUGAAAAACUUUACUUUGCAAACGAUCGUUGUUCUAGUUCACCAUGUACUGACUCAGAUAUGUCAAAUGGUUACUGUUGGCUUAAUUCCAGAUCUUUAACAAGUAGUAUUUAUGGAAGUAGCAACCCAUAUGGAUUCGUAUUUUUCCAUCCAACUCACCAGUGUUUAUUAGGUCUACAUCUACCGAAUCCACCGUUUUUAAUCGCUCUACUAGUGCAUAUACAAGAAGCACCUUGGGCAUAUCAUUUACCGAGUAGAAUUUUAUUGAAUCUAGGCAAAAUGUCACAUUAUUAUCCAACUACUUUGUUAUCCGAUCGUGAUCGCAAGAUUUUAUUUGAUUGUAAACUAGACGGAGAAAGCUUCUUACAAUUAUUCACUAAUAUAAAACCAUUUAUCUAUCCAGAUUUCAUGACAUUUACGCCUAAACAAAGAUGUAUCCCAUUACCAGAAUUAUUAUUUCAUAUAAAUGGAUUCUAUGCACAUUUGAAUGUAGUUAAAAGUGAAUCGGAUACGAAUAUUACUACACAUAAUAAUGGUAUCGAAGAUGUAAUUGUGGAGCUUCUAAUACCCAUGUCUUCAUGUGCUUCUGUGGCUAGAUUUCUGGACUCGAGUGUUAUGGAGUCAAUGACAUUUGCCCUAUCAGCCGAUUGUAACCCGAUGUCCGAUUCCCAUUUAGUUUGUUCGCAGUCAAAAAUACUACUCAAGGAGUCUAAAGACAACCACAAUAAGUUAAUUUGUCAGAAUGUGACCAAUUCACAAAUGGUCUCAAAUCUAAAUUAUUUUACUGAUCAAAAUUGUUCUCAGACCUUCGAGACUGAAGCUAUUUCAAUUGAAAAUACAAGACUCAAGGUAUUCAUUAUAUUUAUUGGUUACGCAAAGCUUAAAACUUAUUGCCCAUUUCACCCAACGCAUCAGUUUUAAUUGUUGAGAUUAUAGUUCAAGGUCCUGUUACUUUCUAAAACACGAUUUGUCCUAUGAUUAGUUACUCUGCAAUAUAUAUAUGCAACUAUUUAUUUAUUUAUAUAAACAUUGAUACAUAGGGGCACCAAAAUAUAUGUGCGCCAUACAAUAAGAAAUUGAUCUGUGACCAACGAGCCCCCAAUGACCACCCAAAGAGAAUGUUACCCAUGUAAGUUUCUCACUGAUGAAACCUUUUACUUUAAUGCCAGGUAAAUCACUGUAAAUCGGAGUCCAGUAGGUGAAUUUUCCCUCCACUCUGGCACUAAAUGCGACACAAACGCCAGGAAAACCGGACAUAAAUACCCUAGAGCCUCUGGAUAAGCGCAGGUAAAACAAUCUCUCCGAACAGCAGGCUCAUUCCACCCUCGGCCGUACCAGGGCAUUUGCGGGCUUUAAACUCAUAUCACGCCUAUUUCCGAAUAUAUUUUGAAAGCACAUCAAUGGAAGAUUGUCCCACUUUCAUCGCAGAGGUAUGAGUGUGGAUUUAGGAUUUCUGCUAAGAUCGUUCAUUUAUUGAAUACGUUAGACCUCAUUCGUAAUCCUAACAGAACUUUAGUUUCAUCACCAUUACCUAACGUUAGCGUUUUUGAAUGAUAGUUGGUAUAGGUUUGUGACGAAAACCCUGUAGGGCUAUAGCCUUUAUUCACAACAGUAGCUCAGUUCCUAGUAUGGAAACGUAACAUUUUUUUCUGUACGAAAGGGAUCGUUUAUCAUAUGCAAACAACUAUUCGACUGUAGUUUUGUAGUUUUUAAUGUUAAUAGUUUUGAAGCUAGGCAGUUUUUUCCGGUUGGCUGCUACGUCACUCAAGGUCGUCAAGACAGCAUGCCCCUACUGUAAUGUUUACUACUUAUACGGGCAGAUAUAAAUAGUAUGUAUUAGGAAUUGAAAGUAUAAUUAUUACGGAAGUGGGAAAUGAGGAGAAAUGGAAAACAGGAAGCAAUUGAAAUAAAAACAGGAACAGAAGAACAAUAUAGUUUGUUAGGGACAACUCAAGGAAGAUAGGCAAAUAAUGUAUUGAAUGCAUUGUUCCCAUAUUUUGCAAAUACUCUGAUUCUUUCUGCAUAAUGCAAUAAGUUAGCUUAGUCCCACUAAGUCAUUGCACUACUGUAGUGUGGUCUACUUAUAUCCAUAUAAGUAGUAUAUAGUGAUGGUCAGACAUAGA